UUCUUACAGGGCUUUAAUCAGAGGCUGUGAUUCUAACAAACCUGUCCUCAGCGACAGUUCAUCAUACUGUUUACACAGGAACACGUUCCGGUGAACUUGGCCGGCGUGAGCAGAGAUUUGCGGUUUACUGGUAAUGAGUGUGGGUACGCAGCCGCUGCUUUGUUGAAGUAGGAGGGGCCCCGUCUUUGUUUCCUGGAGGGUGGGCAUUAGUAUGUAGAUUAAAUUAGAAAUCUUCCAGGUCACCAGAUCGCCUGAUUUAACCCAGUGUCUCAGUGCAGCGAUCAGCCACUGGGGACGGCAUUCGUCAGCUGAUGUUGUUUUUAUUACCUGUUAAACAGGGAGAAAUGCUAAAAGGACGUUCACGCGUUGUUUAAUUAGAUGGUUUUCAUGAUCUGCUGCUGUUUGCAGAGCUGGGCUGAGCUGGCUGCCGGAGCAUGGCGUCGGCGUGCUCGUUUCCAUCCCCAUCAGCUGGAGAAGUGGAAGCUGUGUCAGCACCCGACACUGAUUUGUUGUCCUUAGUCACGGUGGCCGGUCAUAAGACGUGACUUGGAACUAAAGCGUGCUGACGUUUACACGGCUGCAGUUUUACUGACAGAUAAAUGUUGGCAGUGGCUGCUUUAUAUGUGUUUACUCAGCUACAUUUGCUAAUACAGACACCUCAGCUGUACCUGUUGGAAGAGGUGAAGUCAUUAUGCUCUGUUUGACUCUGUUUGUCAGAGCUGCCCUCAAUCAUGACCUGUUUUCAAGUGCAUAUAGAAUCCUGUGUUGUGCUGUGUAAUUAAUCUGACGCGUAUUGUGAUUAUGGUGAAACUCUGCACUGUUUAACCUCAGAGCCAGUUACAAGCUCCUCUUCUUUGCAGUGAUGCCCACAGCUGUGACCUCACCUCCACACAUGUAUCCAGGUGACAGUCGGUGCCGUAGAGCGAGCGAGCGAGGAGGUGACGCAGGGAUGAGUGCGGACGGCCGUCAGGAGGUGGUGACCACCCCUCCUCCGCCCAGCGGAGGGACCAAGGAGCGCUACUUUGACCGGGUCGACACCAGCGAUCCGGACUACAUCCGGUCCAGGAACAUGUCUCCCGAUCUUCGGCAGGACUUCAACGUCCUGGAGCAGAAGAAGCGCGUCACGCAGAUACUACAGAGCCCCGCCUUCAAGGAGGAGCUGGAGAGUCUGAUCAAGGAGCAGCAGCGGAAGGGGAACAACCCCACCGGCCUGCUGGCCCUGAGGCAGAUCGCUGACUUCUUCAUGGCCAGUUCAGUGGCGGGUUUCAACACCUCCCCUCUCAGUCUGGGGAUGGUGACGCCCAUCAACGACAUGUACAGCGUGGAACCCGCCACCAUGGUGAAAGGCGAGAAGCUGACGCGCUGUAAACUGGCCAGUCUCUACAGGCUGGUGGACCUGUUCAGCUGGGCCUACUUCGCCAACUCCUACAUCACAGCUCGAGUCAGUAAGGAGCAGGAUCACAUCCUCAUCAUCCCCAGAGGCCUGUCCUUCGCCGAGGCAUCGGCAUCGAAUCUGGUGAAGGUCAACAUCAUCGGGGACGUGAUCGAACAGGGCUCCACCAACCUGAGGAUCGACGCCUCUGGUUUCAGCCCCCACGCCGCCAUCUACUCCAUGCGUCCGGACAUCCGCUGUGUCGUGCAUGUGCACACGCCUGCCACGGCCGCUGUGUCUUCGAUGAAGUGUGGAAUCCUGCCCAUUUCCCAGGAGGCACUGCUUCUGGGCGAUGUUGCCUACUACAGCUACCAGGGCAGCCUGGAUGACCAAGGGGAGCGCAGAGAGCUGCAGAAGGCCCUGGGUCCUACAACAAAGGUGUUGGUGCUGAGGAAUCACGGCGUGGUCGCUCUGGGGGAGACCAUCGAAGAGGCCUUUCACUACAUCUACAACGCCCACUAUGCCUGCGAAAUCCAGGUGAACGCCAUCUCGUGCGCCGGCGGCGUGGACAACCUGAUAGUGCUGGACCAGGAGAAGUACAAGUCGCGGGUCCACGACGUGGCCACGGCCGGCGACGUGAACAUGUGCGGCCAGUACAAGUGGAAAAUCGGAGAGCUGGAGUUCGAGUCUCUGAUGAGGAUGCUGGACAAUCUGGGCUACCGGACGGGCCACGCCUACAGGCACCCCGUCGUCCGGGACAAGCCGCGGCACAAGAGCGACGUGGAGAUCCCCGCCACCGUCACGGCGUUCAUGUUCGAGGAGGACGCCGACGGCGCCGCCACGCGCCUGCCCUUCAAGUUCCUGCAGCAGCGGCAGCAGCGGGAGAAGACGCGCUGGCUCAACUCGCCCAACAGCUACACCAAGGUCAGCGUGGAGGGCGGCGCCGAGCGCUACAGCAGCCGCACCACCACGUGGAUGAAGGCGGAGGAGACAGGAACUCCCAUUCGGAUCGAGGACCCCAAUCAGUUUGUCCCUCUGAACACAGACCCCACAGAGGUGCUGCAGAGGAGGAACAAAAUCAGGGAGCAGAACCGGUUUGACGUGAUGACGUCGGGGCCACGCUCUCAGCACCUCGCAGGCAUCCCUGUUGACGAACCGCGGCGGGUGCAGAUAAAAGUGAUGCCAUACGUGCCCACAGAGGAGGAGCAGAUGGCUCCGCUGCCUCCCAACCCCUUCAACGAGCUGUCGGAGAAGGAGCUGGAGGAGUAUCGCAAAAAUGUGGAGCGGCGGCAACUGGGCCUCAGUGAUGGCGAGCACGAGCUAACCUCUGACGACGGCUCCACUCUCUCUCAGUCUCUGUCUCUCACACAGUCCCCGCAAAGCACUCCAGCAAAAGAAGAGAACCACACCGGCCUGAUGAACGGCAAGGGCGCCCACGAGGACGAGGAGCUCUCCAGGCGCGUCAGCCAGCUGACCACCAGCGCCGAGAGCGUGGAGAUCAGCGUGCGCGCCGGCGAGAAGAUCGAGGAGGCGCUGUCGCCCGAGAGCUCGCCCUCCAAGUCCCCCAACACCAAGAAGAAGAAGAAGUUCCGCACGCCGUCCUUCCUGAAGAAGAACAAAAAGAAAGAGAAGACGGAGGCCUGAGCGCGGAGCCGCGGGCCGGGAAGGAGAGCGAGGCGCAGCCGCCUCCUUUUCCGUUUAACGUCUGUGUUUUUACUUCGUCUCUGUUUUCAGUGUCCUUUUUUUUUUGUUUGUUUUUAAUUUUAUUUUAACUUUUUUUAACAAAUCGAUUCGUGUGAAACGACAGAAGGGAGGAUCUUAAUGUAGGAAAUCCCAUCAAUUAGUUGGCAACAAAAUCAGCAAAAAUGUGUCCUUCUGCCAGCGAGCGGAGUGUUGGGGAGCUUCUGACGGCGGUUGUGUGAGUGCAGCGGGUCUCUGGCCACAGGCGCGUGGUGGCACCUGCACUGGGCCCCGUCGGACGACGGAACCGCUGAAAGCAGAACCCAAAACCCCUCUCGCGUUAGUUCAUCUCAGAGCCACUGACCCACCAUGAAUAUUUAUGUAGCAUUUUUCAUAGCUUCUCCUCUUCAUUUCAGUGUUUGUUGAUUUGCCAAAACGUAAAUAGAAGAAUGAAAAAAAAAUCUCACUUCAGUAAAGCAUCUCUCUUCGUCUACUUCAUCUCAUGAUUUUUUUUCAAUGGAGCACAAAUUUGGUAUUGGUCGAUUCCGUUUUGUACUCAUUUGUAAUCAUUUGUAAGCUUUUACAGAGAAUACAGAUGUCACGCAUGUUUUCUCCUUUGGCAAGAACAGAAUUUCUACGGCUGACUGUGUUCUGUAGUGAUGCCUGAUUUGUCAAAUUAUAUUCUAAUCUUCAGAGUACACAAAUUUACUAUAUUACAAAUAUAUGAAAACUGGAUAUGUUGGCUAUAGAUUUUUAACAAUAUAUUUUUUAUUUUACUAUGCUGCACUUUUCUUGUGGUAAUUAACAGAUUUGAGUUGCAGGUGGUUUCACCAGUGAAGGAGAUUGUGAAGUAUUUGGUAAAUGUUGUGCAAGUAGCAAGCGAAGCGCGGAGGCAGGUCAGGAUCCAGAAAGUGAGCAGGAUGGAGGACGGAAGGAAAAGGUGACGAUGAAAUCGCUUUCAUAGGUGUCACACGCGGGAGAAGAGCCCAAUUUUCUGAAUGUGAAUGAAAACACACACACGGAACGCUAACAGAAGUGUAUUCGGUCGAGCUGUCUGACGCGAGAGUCGAGGGUUGUGAAGCGGUGACAGCUUUGUGUGUGUGCGUGUGUGGGUGUGUGUGUGUGUUUUAAAGCCAUAUUGUAGGUUUUGCUCUAUUUUUUUAAUAACGAGACAAGGGUUGCUCUUCUCGCCUGCCCGCUCGGGCGUCCAGGACCCUGUCGAGACCUCUCUGGAAUCACCCCAGUGACUGCAGCGACACCCCUCUGGCUCCCGGUUGCUUGUUCACAGCGGCUACACUUCCUCGCUUUGGUUUGCUAUUUGCAUUCUCAUAAAACUGGAAAAUCAUUAGAACUGUUAAGUUGUUUUUUUUUUCUUUCUUCUGUUUUUGAGCUCGGCCGUCGUUUCAGUUUCUCGCAUCAUCUCUCCAGCAAACGCAGUCGUGUCGUAAACGUGGAGUGACCCAUAGUUGAACUCUGCAGAGCCAAAGUGCAAUGGGCUGCCACGUAUCCCCCUCCCACAGUUGAACCACACGCACCAGUAUCCCAGCGAGCAAUGUGAACUAUUGGAUUUGAAGGGAGGGGGGGUCGCGGGACGCGUCUUUAGCUGUGUUAAACGACGGCGUCGGCUCCGGACGACGACAAAGGUCACACUAGUGUGAGAUGGAGAAGGGAGGUGUGAGUUUGGAAAUGGAAGUGAAUACGUGUGUGUGUGUGUGUGUGUGUGUGUGUGUGUGUGUGUGUGUGUGUGUGUGUGUGUGUGUGUGUGUGUGGUAGAGACUGAACAGGCGGUGAGGACAACUUGACACUAACGCACCAUGUUUUUAUCACUCAGACUGUACUUUCUUUCAUGCCAUCCCUUCUCUUGGAAGGCUUCUUUUUCUCAUGCUUCGUUUGUAUUGCAGUACACUUAAUUAUUUUAGUUUGCUUCUUUUAUUUUUUUUUUUAUUAAAACCAUUUUUUGAGCAGCUUUUGCUCCCAGAUGAACUGAAUGUGCAUUGCAUCCUUUUUUAUUUUCUCCUCCCCUGUUUGCACCUUGCUUAACUAAUGCCUCUCUGUCCACCAUUUUUCUGUUAAAAAAAAAAAAAAGAAUGAGUUGUGCUUUGGCGUGCCAGAAUGAGCCAAGCUACUUUGUGACCUGUGAAAAUCCUAUAUAAAUGGUUAUCUAAUGGAGUUGCUUUUAGAUGUAUUGCUAAUCCGUGUAAAUUCACAAAUAAAAGUGUAUUUUAAGAAA